GGGGGACCCCCCCACAGGGAACAUAAGUCCCCCCCCAACCCCCCCCCCCCCCCCCCCCCCCCCCCCCCCCCCCCCCCCCCCCCCCCCCCCCCCCCCCCCCCCCCCCCCCCCCCCCCCCCCCCCCCCCCCCCCCCCCCCCCCCCCCCCCCCCCCCCCCCCCCCCCCCCCCCCCCCCCCCCCCCCCCCCCCCCCCCCCCCCCCCCCCCCCCCCCCCCCCCCCCCCCCCCCCCCCCCCCCCCCCCCCCAACCCCCCCCCCCCACCCCCCCCCCCCCCCCAACCCCCCCCCCCCCCCCCCCCCCCCCCCCCCCCCCCCCCCCCCCCCCCCCCCCCCCCCCCCCCCCCCCCCCCCCCCCCCCCCCCCCCCCCCCCCCCCCCCCCAACCCCCCCCCCCCCCCCCCCCCCCCCCCCCCCCCCCCCCCCCCCCCCCCCCCCCCCCCCCCCCCCCCCCCCCCCCCCCCCCCCCCCCCCCCCCCCCCCCCCCCCCCCCAUCCCCCCCCCCCCCCCCCCCCCCCCCCCACCCCCCCCCCCCCCCCCCCCCCCCCCCCCCCCCCCCCCCCCCCCCCCCCCCCACCCCCCCCCCCCCCCCCAACCCCCCAACCCCCCCCCCCCCCCCCCCCCCCCCCCCCCCCCCCCCCCCCCCCCCCCCCCCCCCCCCCCCCCCCCCCCCCCCCCCCCCCCCCCCCCCC